AUGGCCUCCGACUUGAAGACUUCUACAGCCCUGCUUACCCCUGAAGACUUGUAUGCGCACGCGCGUCGCUUUGGUGUGGACUUAAGCCGUGAACCAUACUUGCUGUCAUUGAUCAAGCAGGCUGCAACAACUCCCAACCCGCCGAAACGACAGCAUGAGAGCGAUGAUGAAAGCGGCGGCGAGCGCUACUUCCUAGACCAAAUCAAGAUACUGCGUCAUCAGCAACAGCAAGCCCCAAGCCAUUCUACACAGGAUGGUGCCUGGAUGGCAUUUGAAGAGCUCGUGUCCCCCGAGACGAGCAACUCGACGAAAAAGCCGACGAACACGUACUACUACAACUUUGUUACCAACUCUCGACAGGAGAUGCAUCCUCUUGUACCAUUGUUCGGCGACAACGAAUGGGCUGGCAACGACGACGCUGACCCGAUGACACGAGCGGCUGACCCACUAGAGUUUGAGAAUGCUGCCACGCUGCACAAACAGACUUCGAUGAAGAACAUUGCUGCGUUGGAAAUUCUCUGCUUUCACUGUUGGUGGAAGGAGACGUCUCUGCUUGGGGAGACGCGUCAAUGCCGUCUCCGACUCUACUUCUCCAUUCCGACGCGUCAUUUCCAGGUGGUGCUGGAGGAUUCGCCCAACGUGUUCACCAUUUCGCACAUUGCCCAUUCCGUGACGGGGAUUCCGCUCUCGGUCUGGGACUUGCAUGAAGGUGCGCGCCUCACUGUGCUUGGACGCCCCACGACGUUGCGCCAAGCCAGUCUCCUCACCCGUCAGUGGCUAGAUGUUCACGAGCGUCGCCUUCGCCCAGUCAUGGAGAGCCUGCAGAAGGAGCUGGCAAAGUACGAGCUCCGUUCGCAUGGGCGCUCAGCAGCGGCUCCAGUCUCGGGUCGAAUCCUUUGCGCGGAUCCUCACCGUUCUCGAUCCGGGGUUUCACUGCGUCAAUUGCUGGACGAUAUCGCCAUGCUGCAGAGCAAACUCGCCACCUACCGCCCAGACCUCGCACGCCGAUUGUGCGAGCCACUAGCGGAUCUUGACAUCGCGUAG